AGCUCUUGCUUGUGCGCCCGCCUUUCGGCAUUUAAAUACGGUUCCUCAGCGCUGACAUUUGUGCGUCUUCUGGAACCAGCGCAAAGAUGGUACUGAAAGCCGUGUGCGUGCUGAAGGGAGCCGGAGAAACCGCAGGCACCGUUCACUUUGAGCAGGAGAGCGAUGCAGCCCCCGUGAAGUUGACAGGAAAAAUCUCAGGUCUUGCCCCCGGUGAGCAUGGCUUCCACGUCCAUGCUUUUGGAGACAACACAAACGGGUGCAUCAGUGCAGGACCUCACUUCAAUCCCCAUAGCAAGACUCAUGCUGGUCCUAAUGAUGUAGAUAGGCACGUUGGAGACCUGGGGAAUGUGAUUGCGGGAGCAGAUAAUACUGCUGAGAUAAACAUCACUGACAAGAUGCUCACCCUCAAUGGCCCCUACUCCAUCAUUGGCCGAACCAUGGUGAUCCACGAGAAGGCCGAUGACCUCGGAAAAGGAGGCAAUGAAGAGAGCCUAAAGACGGGCAAUGCCGGUGGACGUCUGGCCUGUGGAGUCAUUGGCAUCACCCAGUAAACAAUCUGCCAAACCUCUGAGCACUGGAAAUAGUUAUUUCCCCCCACAGCACUUAAUAAGACCAACAGAGCUACUUGAGGUGACAGUUUUCCCGUUUCAAUACUCUGUGGCUUUUUGUUGACCAAUCGCGAGUGUAGACGAGCCAUGCUUUACUGUUCUCCUGUCAUGACAAUUGUUCUGUAUGGAUUUAUGUCUGUUGACUAGUUUUGGUCCCAAAGAAUUAGUUGCGCACAAUAAAUAAACCUAUAUUUACAAAGUUAA